CCUGUAUCUAAGUGUUGCGAUUGGUGUAUGGAUUCCAACCAGCGAGUCUUGGUCUUAUCAUCGAAUACCCCGACAAGGGGGCAAUUUCCCCUGUGAAGUGCCAGGCACGUUCCCACACCCUUCCCCAAUCAUGUACAUAAGGUGUGUCCGGAUUCGAGGGAGGUUAUAUCAAUAUAUCUUUACCUGUCCACAACCGAGCUCAAUAUUCAACCCGGCGACUUUGAAAUGUGUUUUGAGAGGAACAAUCACUGAAGCCCCUACCACAAUCGAGCCUCCAACAACCACAACGCCCGUGACGACUCCUGGUGUAUUCACUACAACCACGACCGGACCCUCCACUACGACCGAAAUUUCCACCACGACCGGACCCUCAACGACGACCGGACCCUCAACGACGACCGGACCCUCAACGACGACCGAAAUUUCAACCACCGGACCUUCCACCGAAAUUUCGACCACGACCGGACCCUCAACGACGACCGAAAUUUCAACCACGACCGGACCCUCAACGACGACCGAAAUUUCCACCACGACCGGACCCUCAACGACGACCGAAAUUUCUACCACGACCGGACCCUCCACCACGACCGGACCCUCCACCACGACCGAAAUCUCAACUACUACCGAACCCUCCACAACUCCCUAAUAAUAUUAGA